GGACCCGCUCGUCGCCGGGGUGUGUGUGUGUGUGUGUGUGGGUGUCGAUGUCGAUGGAUGCCCGGGGCGGAGGACCCUGCCCCCGCCCUUUGUUCGCUGCCGGAGGGAGCGCGGGGGCAAAAUGGCGACCCCCUGCCUCCUCCACCGUAUCUCCGACUCGACACCGCUGGCUUUGUGCGUGCCGCCACGCCUGGCCGGGCUGCCCGCAGCCGGGCAGGGAUGGAUGGGAUGCUCUCCCCGCCCCGGGCUGCACACCUCUCCCGGAGGCCUUCUCCUCCCCCCGGGGUGCAGCAGGGCCCUGAGGGGACGGGGGGCAGCAGCAGAUGGCCCCGGCGUCGCUCGCGUAGGUAGCGGCCGCGGCCCCUCGGGGGUAGCCGCCUUUCCAAAACCGGCACCGGUCAAAAAGUGUUGGAAAGGCUCGCAGAGGUGGUGCAGGCGUGCUAAGAGAGAAACUUGAGGAGAAGCGGUGUUGCAAACAGUCGGCAGACAGCUGCGCUAGAGAAGAGCUAAGUUGUGUUUUACAAAGCAUGGCCCAGUAAUGUCUUUAAUUAUGCUCUUAGGAAGCACAGAUUAAAAUGGAAAAAACGCGGCUCUCCAGCCUGACAUUGCUGCCUGAGGCCACAGCAGCCGCGCAGACGAAGCCUUUCUGUGAGUACUCCUGCCCGUUUGGGAGCCGUGGGUGGGCACAGCCACAGAGUUAGCCAAGAUAACUUUCCCCGAGUCCCUGAUUUCCAAGAAAUGCUAACAUCAACUCUAUAUUAAUUGGUGGACUCUUUAGUUUUCUGGUUUGCAUAUUUGCAUUGUUUGGUGGUGCUUUUUCUUCAGUAUGCUGGCCUGCAGAUGGGUGAAGGAUUGAAUGAAGUGGGUAGGAGUGCCUGUUGGAGGCAGCGGGGAGAAAGCUGCUAAGGAACUGGGAGAAAUACCGGGGUUUCACAGAACGAGGUUGUGAGUCAGUGGGAUGGAUGCUAACACUGAGAAGUCAAGGGUUAAAGGUUCUCAAACAUUUCUGUAGGGUGAACCGCAGCUUAAUGCAAGGAAAUGUCUUUUGAACCUCAUGUACAGAAAGCCAGUUCCCCCAGUCCUUUGGCAGUAAAAUAGAAUCACCGCUGUAGCUAAGGUGAUUAUGAACAUGGAGAAGCGAUGUUAGGAGAGUACAUGCAAUGAUCCCCGAGUCUUUGAAUGUUACUUAGCAACUGUUAAGAAAGAGUCAGCAGGGUAUGACUAGCUAGGCAUCCACAGACCACCAGCAAAUACUGUAUAGGCAGAAUAUAAGGUAACAAUCAGAGUAAAUGGGCAGAAUUAAAAAAAAGUAAGUUACUUUUUUUAAAGUGAGAGAAACAAAGACUGGUAGUGACAUUCUUGUUGUUUCUUCACAGCCUAGAUGAAGGGACUGGGUGAGAUGUACAGGUGAUUAGUAUGGCUUAGAAACAAGUAAGAUCAUUAGAAACUGUGAAAGUAAAAUGUGCUAAUUUUCUUCCUUGUUUCCCCCCUUCCACCUCUUUUUGUCUUUCAGUUUCUUCCCUGUUCUAGGCUUGGCACUGUCAUUGACCUCUUUGGUGUACCCAUAGGCAAUUUCCUGCCCCUUCACUUUCCCUUCUAAAAUGGUUUCCUGCAUCCUACAGGUAAAUUUUAAUUAACACAGGCAAAAGGGCCUCCAGUCUUUGGAGAGAGCUUGAAGAAAUCUUGCCCGAAUGUUUCUGAGCGUUGUUCUGCUUCUAGCUGCUCAUCAUGUCUUGGCUGCUCCGGCUCUGCACGCUCUGACCAUGAGCAGCAAUUCCUCCCUCAGCAAUGUGAAGGGCCUGAGGAACCUCACCACACAGGAAGACGGGGCGGUCAGAGUCACUGAGUCCAUUGCUAUAAUCGUCAUUGCUAUUUUCAUCUGUUUGGGCAACUUGGUGAUUGUCGUCACCCUAUAUCGGAAGUCUUACCUUCUCACAUUGAGCAACAAGUUUGUGUUCAGCCUGACCCUCUCCAACUUUCUACUCUCUGUAUUGGUGCUACCUUUCGUCGUCACCAGCUCCAUCAGGCGAGAAUGGAUCUUCGGAGUUGUUUGGUGCAAUUUCUCAGCCCUGCUCUACAUGCUGAUCAGCUCAGCCAGCAUGCUUACUCUUGGACUCAUAGCUAUAGACCGGUACUAUGCUGUGCUGUACCCGAUGGUUUACCCGAUGAAGAUAACAGGCAACAGAGCAGUGGUAGCUCUUGUGUAUGUGUGGCUACAUUCCCUUAUUGGCUGCCUCCCUCCCCUUUUCGGCUGGUCGUCUUUGGAGUUUGACCAAUUCAAGUGGAUGUGUGUGGCGGCCUGGCAUAAAGAGGCUGGUUACACUGCCUUUUGGCAGAUCUGGUGUGCGUUGCUGCCUUUUGUGGUCAUGAUGAUCUGCUAUGGAUUCAUAUUCCGUGUGGCAAGGAUUAAGGCCCGCAAAAUCCACUGUGGUAGCAUUGUCAUUGUGGAGGAGGACUCCCAGAGGAACGGGAGGAAGAACUCCAGCACCUCCACAUCCUCUUCUGGCAGCCGAAGGAACGCUUUCCAAGGGGUUGUCUACUCAGCCAACCAGUGCAAAGCUUUCAUAACCAUCUUGGUUGUCAUCGGUGCUUUCGUGAUUACGUGGGGGCCUUACAUGGUAGUAAUUACAUCAGAGGCACUUUGGGGAAAAAAUAGUAUUUCUCCUGCCUUGGAGACAUUAGCUACAUGGUUGUCGUUUUCCAGUGCCAUUUGCCAUCCACUAAUUUAUGGACUGUGGAACAAGACAGUGCGCAAGGAACUACUAGGAAUGUGCUUUGGGGAUCGGUAUUAUCGCGAGUCCUUUGUUCAGCGGCAUAGGACAUCGAGAUUAUUCAGCAUUUCCAAUAGGAUCACAGAUUUGGGACUCUCUCCUCAUCUCACUGCCCUCAUGGCAGGUGGGCGGCCACUAGGAAACAGCAGCAGCACAGGAGACACAGGUUUCAGCUGCUCACAGGAUUCAGGAACAGAUACAAUGCUUCUUGAAGAUUAUAGCUCAGAUGGCCCUCUUGCCCCACACUGCAUCUGUCCUCCUCGAAGGAGGAGUUCGGUGACAUUUGAAGAUGAAGUAGAGCAAAUUAAAGAAGCUGCAAAGAAUUCUGUUCUUCAUGUAAAAGCCGAAGUCCAUAAAUCUCUGGACAGUUAUGCAUCCAGUUUAGCAAGAGCUAUUGAAGCUGAUGUGAAAAUCAGCCUGUUUGGGGAAGAUGCUUUACCAGGAGCUCUGUUCCCUGUGCGGACUCUGCCAGGAAGCAGUAUGAACACACGGCGUGGUACCAGGCCCCAUGCUAACCAAAGACUUAAGUUGCAGAGCAUCGAUGAAGGGAAUAUUUGACAGGAGCACUGGAGUAAGAAAACAGAAUGAAACCACUAGGCGGGACCUACUACAGCUGUCAGUGUUUCAACAGAAGCAGGAUACCUUGUAGGGAUGUUUUCAGUGUUUUUUCAACACUUGAAAACCAGCUGAAUUCUGGUACUUACAUCAGCAUUUUACAGCAGUAUUCAUUUACUGUUUAGGGUGCUAUUGACUCUUUUGUGCCAUGUCUUAAAUCUAUCAUACAGUGCACAGGAAUGCAGGGUUUGGUUUCAUCGACCAGAUUACAUUAGUCUGUUGAAUCUUGGGUCCAUUAUUGGCCAAAGCCAAUACAGGAAUGAAAAAGUAUGUGCAGUGUUUAAUUUGUUAUUGCAUUGAUCCUUUUCUGACCACCAAGAUAAUCAGUUUAUACUUGAUAGCUGGAGUGCUCUGAUAGGAGCUUGUGCAUUGGAUACUACAUACAGCCUUACUAUCACAGACUCCCAAAUGAGGAGCAUGGUCUUCACUAAGGGCAAAACCUGAACUUUUCAGAGAGCUCAUGCAGAUUAUGGUCCUACUUACCCUUGCUAGUGGAUAUUUCUGGCUGUUCAGCCAUCAGAAUGCUAGAUCUGAAACUGGAUUGUGCAUUGCUUCUGUGUUACGAGACGUCAGCUUCUCUAGAUGUAAUGGGUGGGAGCAGACCUGUGCUGGAAAUAUCACAGAGAUGGUAUAUGAGAACAUCAUCAAUGCAGAGUUCUUAGUUUCUCUGAGAACUUCAGUUCACUUCCCUGGUUUUGCUUUUACUAAAAGGGCACUCUAUGGCUGUGGUAAACUUGACGGAAUAUAAAUAAGGUAUUACCACUUCAUAUUCAGGAUUCAUCUUUUCUAGAGAGAAAAGUUCUAUGAGGUUGGUUUUUUGUUUUUUUUUUUUUUUAAUCGUGAGGGAAUGUAGUAUUUAAGCUAUAGUUACCUCAGUGCGUAUAUUUCUUGGAGUAUUAAUUCAUUAAUCUCUAAAAUAAGAACAUUUGGCACUUAUAUUGCACUUUGCGUGUUCUUAAGCACUGUACAGACGUUACAUUGUUAGGCCUUUGUGAGAGGGUUGAUCAACCCUGCUUGCCAAAGAAAGGGAACUUGGCAACAGUCAAGCUGCUGGCAAUCAAACAAGCUGCAGAGGUGGAAAGGUUUGUUACGAGAAGAGGGAUAAGGUGGAUUGUGCGAGCAUGCCGGGCUUGAGGAACCUUUCUGUGCCUUCCUGGGCUGGCCACUUUCUUACUUUGUGGGGGUUACAGCCCUGCCUUGCUUCUUAUUUUGAAGAGAGGGAGACAUAAGUGAGCAGGAUAAUUUGCAGGAUUUGCAAUUGUGUCUGCAACUCUGUGUCUGUUCCCCCAUGCCUCCACCUUUCCCCAGAAGUGGUUUGUAUGAGUUUUUACUGCAGGUUGUUUGGAAAUCAGGAGCAGGAUGUUUCCAUCUGGGCAAAAACUGUGUGUACGCUUGUUAAAUUAUGGCUGUGUGCGACUGACUUGGAGGCACAGAAGCAAAGUGUUUUUGAGGCAGAGCCUCAGUCCAGUACUGUAUUUAGACAUCCUAUUUCUCUGUGUUCCUAACUCAGAAAUAUAUUUCAGCACAAGCUUAUGUCCAUGUCUGGACAAAGGAGCUUGACUUCAUGAACUAGCCUGAAUCCCAUUGCAUUCCCAUGUAAGCUAUAACUGCAUGCUUAAAAUUCAGUACAUGGUUUGCUAAGAACAGGCUGUUAAAGCAAGAACACUUAAGCACCAGUAAGAUGGCUUUUUGCAUAAUGCAGGAAUGAAACGACUACUAAUAGUGAGGUCCUCACUCCUGUGUUUUUUUCUUCUAGUGUGUUAGAUAAAUUGGCACCUGUGGGCACUCACUGAAAAAAAAAAAAAUUAAAAUCCCAGUAUUUGCCAGGAAAUGCCCUGCACUGACAUCAUUAUUGCUGUCAUUAUCAUUACAAUCACCGUUGCUCAUAGUACUCAGCACUCCUUAAGGUAUACACUUGCCUCAGAUGGCUUGGAGUACUUUACCUGUAUCCCUUUUAUUUCAUAUUCCUGUUUCAAAACAAGGUGAGCAAAGUUGUUGCUGAAUGUGAAAAGGGCACACAAGAGGACGUAUGCAUUGUGGUGAAGUCAGUGCUAGCCCAAAGCGGUGUAUAUUGAGGAGAGGAGAAGUUCCAAGGCACGUGUGAAAGCACAAAAUUGUUAGUAUUGUGUAAAAAGCGCAUUUUCACACAGGUACUGAGCCAAACUUGGCCUUUAGACAGGCUAGUGGAGUUGUAUCAGUUUACACCAUGACCGAAUUUGGCUGUCAGUGUUACUUUCACUAAUCUGUUGCUUAGUGUAAAUGUUGUUAAAUAUUUUUGUACACGCAUUAUAGCCUUUCCGUAAUUGUUAUUACCAGAGUCAUUAUCUCACUUGAAUUGUCAUUAACAAAAGCAGUAAUUAAGAGAUGCACACAUUUUGUAAAGUUGUAUUCCCCAUCUUAAAUACAAAAGAAAGAAAACCUUC